GAUGAAUUUCAUGUGAGGAUAAAAAAAAAAAAAAAUGCUGCAUUGUAUAUGAGCCAGGCUAAAUAUUGGCCAGUGAAAAGACGCCCUCUUCUUGCACGGCCUGGACGUGCAGGUUAUUCCAAGAGGAGCACAGAGAAUCAUUGAUGUCUCUCUCGCUCUCUUUCUCUCUCCCCUCGCUAUGGAUCUGAGUUCAGCCAAUCUGCGCGCAGUGACGCAGAGUGAAAGGCUGGAUUUUGCCCUGACUUCACCAUCAUAUUUAACACCCUCACUUGCUCCGAGGCGUGCUUCUUCUUCUUCCUCCCUCCGUUUAUCCAGCUGCACGCCCCGAAGGUGUCUCCGCUCUCUCCUUCGUCUCGUUACCUGUCCGGGCAGAGCCGCCUGCGUUGAGAAUUGUUAACCCGCGGAGAGCUGAUUUUUUUUUGUUUGUUUUUUCCGGAUAAGUGCGCGUCGACCACUUGCGAGGACUUUGCCUUUAACAAAAAAAAAAAGAAAAGAAAAGAAAAAAGCUUGAUCGUGAAGAGACGAGCUUUUGGGUGUUUUUUCUUCUUUUUUUUUUCUACGUGCUGCGCGCGGACGUUGGACCGACGCGCGUCUCCGGACCUCCCCGUUUAACGGAUCCCUAUUCGGUUCCGCGUUUUGGCCUGAUGUGUUUGGAGAGCAGCCGCGUGACGACGAUGUGGUUUGCGCAAAUCGACCGUUGGUCUGAACCCGCUCGACCCGGUCCACCUGGACGCUCGCUGAUGAACCUUUGAACAAUCUGCACAAAGCUCGAGGGGUGGAGGGAAAAAAAAAAACCCAAAACAUCCAACAGGACUCGGAUGCUGAUUCCAUGACGCUUGAACACUGAAUCCUCUACUCAAGACGGGAGACCAUGAAGAUGAUCCUCCUGCGGAAAUUCCGAGUUUUGAUCCUGAUGGUGUUCCUGGUGGCGUGCUCCAUGCACAUCAUGAUAGACUUGCUGCCCAAGCUCGAGAGGCAAGGCGCCGGAGGCUGCUCCUGCUCGCACGCGCCCAGCGAGGAGCCCCGCAGCUGGGCCAAGCAAGGCUGGCCCAACAAGCACACGCUGCGCAUACUGCAGGACUUCAGCAACGAGCCCAGCGCCUCCAACGUCUCGUCCCAUUCCCUGGAGAAGGGCCCCGCUGCCGGAGACAAGUCUCAGGGUGGGAUCAGGAGGCCGGAGCACUACGCCCAACGCGGGGACAGGAAGAGGCAGUACAUCCAGGACGCGCCGGUCAGCAAGAACACGCCGGCCAAGGGUUCGAGGCUGGCCGCCCUCUAUGAGCACCCUUUGUAUAAAAGGUCCUUGCCUACGCUCACAGAUGAGGAUACGCUGUUCAACGUCAACACGGACAUCCGGUUUGAUCCCAAAGCAGCAGAGCAGGAGUGGAACGGCGAAGGAAAUCCCGAAGAGUUCAGCCCGACCGGAGAGCUGACGGCCGACUCCUAUCCCAACUGGCUGCGCUUUCACAUUGGGAUUAAUCGUUACGAGCUCUACUCCAGACACAACCCCGUCAUCGACGCUCUGCUGAAGGAUCUCGUCAACCAGAGGAUCACCAGCGUGGCGAUGAAAUCUGGAGGCACUCAACUCAAGCUCAUUAUGACCUUCCAGAACUAUGGACAAGCUCUCUUCAAGCCCAUGAAGCAGACUCGUGAACAGGAGACGCCCCCGGACUUCUUCUAUUUCUCCGACUUUGAGCGACACAAUGCUGAGAUUGCCGCCUUUCAUCUCGACAAGAUUCUGGAUUUCCGCCGUGUCCCUCCUGUGGCUGGCAGACUCGUCAACAUGACCAAGGAGAUCCGAGAUGUCACGCGGGAUAAAAAGCUGUGGCGGACAUUCUUCAUCUCACCAGCCAACAACGUGUGUUUCUACGGGGAAUGCUCGUACUACUGCUCGACGGAGCACGCUCUGUGCGGCAAGCCCGACCAGAUCGAAGGCUCCCUCGCCGCCUUCCUCCCGGACCUGGCCCUCGCUAAGCGCAAAACCUGGAGGAACCCGUGGAGACGCUCCUACCACAAACGCAAGAAGGCAGAAUGGGAAGUUGACCCCGACUACUGUGAGGAGGUCAAACAGACUCCGCCCUAUGACAGCGGGACAAGACUUCUGGACAUCAUGGAUAUGACCAUAUUUGACUUCCUCAUGGGAAACAUGGAUCGGCAUCAUUAUGAGACGUUUGAAAAAUUUGGAAACGAGACGUUCAUCAUCCAUCUAGACAACGGCAGAGGGUUUGGAAAACACUCCCAUGAUGAGAAGUCCAUUCUGGUGCCACUGACACAAUGCUGCCGGGUACGCAAGUCGACCCACUUGCGUCUGCAGCUGCUGGCUAAGGAGGAAUACAAGCUGUCCACUCUCGUGGCAGAAUCCCUGGUGAGGGAUCGUCUCAGUCCCAUCCUCAUCCAGCCGCACCUGGACGCCAUGGACCGCCGACUGCGCCAGGUUCUGCAGGCGCUGGUGGAAUGCAUUGAAAAGGAGGGCUACAGUUACGUGGUGGAGAACGACCUCCAAGGGAGCCAAUGGACAGACCACAGCGGGCCGAGGAGGAGGUAGCCGGAUGGAACUUGAGCUGGUAGGAUUUGAAUCGCCUCCUGAUGCGAGGUGAGCGCUUUCGGGCCUCACUGCCUGCUGGUCGGAACCUAGUGGACGCAACAGAACUCGACGCAGGUGACCUCGACGCGAAUCCGAUAGGUUGGAUCUGGGAUCGGACCAUGAACUUGAGUUGGACCUUCCUGCAUCGCCUUGGCUCUUACAAAAAAAAA